AUGAAAGCAGCCAGUCCAGGGGCCCAGUGGCCGCAGGGUCAGUUUAGUGCUGAGAUGAGUAAAGCCAGUCCAGGGGCUCAGUGGCUGCAGGGUCAGUUUAGUGCUGAGGUGAGUAAAGCCAGUCCAGGGGCUCAGUGGCUGCAGGGUCAGUUUAGUGCUGAGGUGAGUAAAGCCAGUCCAGGGGCCCAAUGGCUGCAGGGUCAGUUUAGUGCUGAGGUGAGUAAAGCCAGUCCAGGGGCCCAAUGGCUGCAGGGUCAGUUUAGUGCUGAGAUGAGUAAAGCCAGUUCAGGGGCUCAGUGGCUGCAGGGUCAGUUUAGUGCUGAGGUGAGUAAAGCCAGUCCAGGGACCCAAUGGCUGCAGGGUCAGUUUAGUGCUGAGGUGAGUAAAGCCAGUCCAGGGACUCAGUGGCCGCAGGGUCAGUUUAGUGCUGAGGUGAGUAAAGCCAGUCCAGGGGCUCAGUGGCCGCAGGGUCAGUUUAGUGCUGAGGUGAGUAAAGCCAGUCCAGGGGCCCAGUGGCCGCAGGGUCAGUUUAGUGCUGAGGUGAGUAAAGCCAGUCCAGGGGCUCAGUGGCCGCAGGGUCAGUUUAGUGCUGAGGUGAGUAAAGCCAGUCCAGGGGCUCAGUGGCUGCAGGGUCAGUUUAGUGCUGAGGUGAGUAAAGCCAGUCCAGGGGCUCAGUGGCUGCAGGGUCAGUUUAGUGCUGAGGUGAGGAAAGUCAAUCCAGGGGCUCAGUGGCUGCAGGGUCAGUUUAGUGCUGAGGUGAGUAAAGCCAGUCCAGGGGCUCAGUGGCUGCAGGGUCAGUUUAGUGCUGAGGUGAGGAAAGUCAAUCCAGGGGCUCAGUGGUUGCAGGGUCAGUUUAGUGCUGAGGUGAGUAAAGCCAGUACAGGGGCUCAGUGGCCGCAGGGUCAGUUUAGUGCUGAGAUGAGGAAAGUCAAUCCAGGGGCUCAGUGGUUGCAGGGUCAGUUUAGUGCUGAGGUGAGUAAAACCAGUCCAGGGGCUCAGUGGCCGCAGGGUCAGUUUAGUGCUGAGAUGAGGAAAGUCAAUCCAGGGGCUCAGUGGUUGCAGGGUCAGUUUAGUGCUGAGGUGAGUAAAGCCAGUCCAGGGGCCCAGUGGCCGCAGGGUCAGUUUAGUGCUGAGGUGAGUAAAGCCAGUCCAGGGGCUCAGUGGCCGCAGGGUCAGUUUAGUGCUGAGGUGAGUAAAGCCAGUCCAGGGGCUCAGUGGCUGCAGGGUCAGUUUAGUGCUGAGGUGAGUAAAGCCAGUCCAGGGGCUCAGUGGCUGCAGGGUCAGUUUAGUGCUGAGGUGAGGAAAGUCAAUCCAGGGGCUCAGUGGCUGCAGGGUCAGUUUAGUGCUGAGGUGAGUAAAGCCAGUCCAGGGGCUCAGUGGCUGCAGGGUCAGUUUAGUGCUGAGGUGAGGAAAGUCAAUCCAGGGGCUCAGUGGCUGCAGGGUCAGUUUAGUGCUGAGGUGAGUAAAGCCAGUCCAGGGGCUCAGUGGCUGCAGGGUCAGUUUAGUGCUGAGGUGAGGAAAGUCAAUCCAGGGGCUCAGUGGUUGCAGGGUCAGUUUAGUGCUGAGGUGAGUAAAGCCAGUUCAGGGGCUCAGUGGCCGCAGGGUCAGUUUAGUGCUGAGAUGAGGAAAGUCAAUCCAGGGGCUCAGUGGUUGCAGGGUCAGUUUAGUGCUGAGGUGAGUAAAACCAGUCCAGGGGCUCAGUGGCCGCAGGGUCAGUUUAGUGCUGAGAUGAGGAAAGUCAAUCCAGGGGCUCAGUGGUUGCAGGGUCAGUUUAGUGCUGAGGUGAGUAAAGCCAGUCCAGGGGCUCAGUGGCCGCAGGGUCAGUUUAGUGCUGAGAUGAGGAAAGUCAAUCCAGGGGCUCAGUGGUUGCAGGGUCAGUUUAGUGCUGAGGUGAGUAAAACCAGUCCAGGGGCUCAGUGGCCACAGGGUCAGUUUAGUGCUGAGAUGAGGAAAGUCAAUCCAGGGGCUCAGUGGUUGCAGGGUCAGUUUAGUGCUGAGGUGAGUAAAGCCAGUCCAGGGGCUCAGUGGCCGCAGGGUCAGUUUAGUGCUGAGAUGAGGAAAGUCAAUCCAGGGGCUCAGUGGUUGCAGGGUCAGUUUAGUGCUGAGGUGAGUAAAGCCAGUCCAGGGGCUCAGUGGCCGCAGGGUCAGUUUAGUGCUGAGAUGAGGAAAGUCAAUCCAGGGGCUCAGUGGUUGCAGGGUCAGUUUAGUGCUGAGGUGAGUAAAGCCAGUCCAGGGGCUCAGUAG